AUGUCCUUCCCCUACAAACACGUCCUCCUCAUUGGUGCAACGGCAGGCAUCGGCCGCGCCAUGGCUGAUCGAUUUAUCGAGACAGGCAUCAAAGUCACGGCAGUAGGUCGUCGACAAGAGCGACUGGAUGAGUUCGUGCGCAAGCAUGGCGAAGACAAGGCGAGUGGGGUGGCUUUUGAUAUUUCGGGUAUUUCAAAGACUCCGGCUUUUGCUGAGAGCGUGAUGAAAUCUUAUCCUGGCAUUGAUUGCCUAUUCCUCAAUGCGGGUAUCCAGAAUGCGUAUGACUUGAGUGACCCGGCUACCUUCGACCUGGAACGGUUCCAGAACGAGACGCACGUCAAUUACAUUAGCCUUGUUGCGCUUGUGCAUGCAUUUCUCCCGGUUUUCAGAGAGAAGGACACUCCAACAAGUAUCAUCUUCACCGGCACCAACAUCGCCAUCAUCCCCGCCGCAACGCUCCCCGCAUACUGCGGAUCCAAAGCCGCCCUGAACGUCUUCACUCUCUGCCUUCGAGAGAAUCUAGGAAACACAAAAAUUAAAAUCAUCGAGAUCUCUCCGCCUCCCGUGCAAACGGAGCUACAUGAUUACAUGGGCGAAAGCGGCAGAAGCUUUGGUAUGCCUGUGGAUCAAUUUACCGAUGCGGCGCAUAGGGGUCUCCUCGAGGGUAAGGAUCAGAUUGUUAUCGGUGCGGUUGGUCCUGCGGAGACUUUCAACGAAAUUGUUGAGAAACGUCGCGACGCUUUUGAGAAUUUUGCGAAGUUGAUGCGAUCGGCCCAUUAA